AUGGCGCAUAUGAUCAACACCCUGGCCACGGCCGAGCAGCUCUACAAGCGCAAUUCCUUCAGCUCACUACCAGCCGACCUCCAGGAUGUCAUAUUCUAUGCGACGCAGUGCCUAACACAGGCCGCCGGUGUUCUGCUCGACUUGCCGCAAUCGACAACGGCACAGGCAAAUGUCUUACUGGCGCGAUACUGGCUCGUCGAGUCGCCAAUGGCAGGAGAAUUCAGCGACGUCUCCGCCGCAGCCCUCUACCUAGUCGCCAAAAUGGGACCCGUCCCACGCUCAACCCGAGACGUCUCAAACGUGUACGCCUACCUCCUCUCCCCAGCCUCCACCCUCUUCCGCGGCGAACCACCAGACGACAACGACCCGAAGAAGAAGCGGCCCCGCCCGGACCCGACGACGUACUACCAAACGGAAGGCGAGUACGCCGCCUUCCAGACGCGGAUGCUGGCCGCCGAGGCGCGGAUCCUCUGGGCCCUGGGCUUCGACACGGCCCUGGCGCUGCCGCACGCGCUGGCGGUGACGUACCUCCAGGCGCUCGACUUCCUCGGGAAGCCGAGGGCGGAGGUGGCGGGCAGGGUGGUCGCGCACCUCAACACGGCGCUGCUGAGCCCGCAGAUGCUGUACCUGACGCACCAGCCCAACGCGCUCGCGACAGCGGCGGUGUAUAUUGCCGCUCGGGAGGCCGGGGCCAAGAUGCCCGAGGUGGCGUGGUGGGAGGUGUUCGAUGUCGAGAGGGAGGAGCUUGGAUUCCUGGUUGUGGGGAUGAGGAGUCUUGAGGGGUGGGUUAGGGGGGUGAAAGAGACUGGGAUGCUUGCUGGUGGUAUGAUUACCAGAGUUGGGAUCGAGAGGGAGGCUAGGCGGAGGGCUGGUGAAGGGGAUGAGGAAGAUGAGAUCAUGGCGCUCAUGGAUCAGAAGGCGGCAUAG